UACGCUCUCACGCAUUCACGAUUCCAUUCAUUGAGCGGUCGACUGUUGUGCGGGUCACUGUAUACCAUCACCGUCAACACACUUCAAUUCUAAUCCGAAAUACUAAGGAAUCUAAGUACCUUUCAGCGUUUACUCCGGGAAGUCCAAGCGCUGGUGGAAUGGGAGAGAGAGAUUGGAGACCCUUUGUAUACGGAGGAUUGGCUUCCUGUGUAGCGGAGUUCGGCACCUUUCCUAUUGAUCUUACAAAGACUCGACUUCAGGUCCAAGGGCAGAAACUUGACAAGGCACAUGCAAAGCUCAAAUAUCGUGGAAUGGUAGAUUGCUUCCUGCAGGUCACUCGACAGGAAGGAUUCCAUGCUUUAUAUUCAGGUAUUUGGCCAGCUGUUUUGAGGCAAGCUACAUAUGGGACAAUAAAAUUCGGUACUUAUUACUCGUUGAAGGAGAUCCUGAUUCAGAAGAAUUACGGCAAAGAGAGCGUAGGACUGAAUGUGUGUUGUGCAGUGACGGCCGGUGCCGUCAGCAGUGCCAUCGCCAAUCCAACUGAUGUUCUGAAGGUGCGGAUGCAAAUCGGAGGAACUCACACCAACAUUGGAUUAGUGGCGUGUUUUAAGAAUGUGUACAUGCAGGAAGGCAUUUCCGGUCUUUGGAGGGGUGUGAGUCCGACUGCACAAAGGGCGGCUGUGAUAGCGGCGGUAGAAUUACCGGUGUACGACUUCUGCAAGAGUCAUCUUAUGACUGCGUUUGGAGAUAAAGUCACCAAUCAUUUUAUAUCAAGUGUGAUAGCUAGUUUAGGUAGUGCAAUUGCUUCGACGCCGAUUGAUGUGGUCCGGACCCGACUUAUGAACCAAAUACAUAUAAAGCCGUCAUCAUCGGAUGGUAUCAUAUCGACGCCAAGCCAUAUCUAUAAGGGGACGAUAGACUGCUUCCUGCGUACAUUUAAGAACGAGGGUUUCUGGGCAUUUUACAAAGGUUUUAUACCGACCUGGGUGCGCAUGGGUCCAUGGAACAUCAUCUUUUUCAUCACCUACGAGCAGCUGAAGAAGGUGUACUAACGGCGUAACCAGCGAUCUACUCGAGAAUCUCGCAUUUAUUGAAACUCCUGAUUUCUCUGAAGAUGACUCAUCAUCGUUAUAACCACACAGAUGAUAGCUCUUGAAGCUACCACUACAGCAAGAACACUCUUCGAUAGUAUUAUUUUACUCGUUUCCGCUUUUUAAGGAGCAUUUUUAAUUUAUUUAUAUUCGUAUAUAUAUAAAUAUUUUUAGUGUGAAUGUACUUUUAUCUAUUCGUAACGAAUGUAAAUCAAGUUUGUAUAUAUAUAAGAUUUAUAUAUUAUAAUAAGAACUAAAGUUUAACAGAAUAUAGAUACCGCCACGAGUUAAAGGAUAUAAAGCCAAGCAGUGUCAACCAAU